AUGGUACGGUACUUAGAUUACAUCAAUUAUUUGCUCGAAGGUCGUGGCCACGAUGCGUGUAGUAAUCGUGGUAAGGGUCUCUUGGGCGCUAUGAAUGGUUUAUUGCAAAUUUUAGUGAUGAAUAGUUUUAAUAUUGUUCAACCUGUGUUGAACUAUAGGAUUAUUGAUUUGUUAAUUGCUACAGAUUCACAACACAUUAUGCAGGUCACGUUGGGGCAGAGCGUCAUUACAAGAUCAAACGUGCUUGGCCAAUGUCCCGUUUUUUUGUCUGUCUAUUUAUUUUUAGUUUAUGUUAAAGUUUUGGAAAGUAAAGGCAUUACAGUAGAUAUUGACAAUUUUGAGUUUUUCACUCUAUUCAAUGAAUUGGAUGAUUCCAUAGAAUUAGAGACAAUUGCCAAUGAAUUUGGAAACUUAAAGGUUAGACAUGAGGAUAUUGUAAUUCCCAUCACUCAUUAUAGAGAUCUUAAAAGGGUUGUUCCAAAGGAGCUGGUGGGUAAACUUUCCCCAUGGUUACCAUUCUUGAAACAAAAAUCGUUGGUACUCUCUACAGCAAUAUCUGCGAAUGCGAAAAAUGACACACAUUUCAAGCUUGAUCGUUUUUCGAUGCUUUUUGAAACGUUGGGUGUUGUGUUCAUCGAUGGCCUCAUUAUGUUAAUGAAUUCACAAGAUUCAUCAAAUCGCUAUUUGGCUUAUUUUUUACAGCAGUUGGUCCCUAGUUUGGUUGAAAAUGUAGUAUUUAAAAGGGCAAGAGAAAACGAUAUUUAUAGAAGAAUAAAAUAUAGACAAUCAAAAUCAAAAAAUGGAGCAAUUGAAAAUAAUGUUAUUAAGAAUAAUACAGAUCAAAGAGCCAUCGAAUAUAUGCAAUUGGAAUCACAAGUAAAUUUAUUUAGUAAACAUUUCAAAUCGUUAAAUGAAAAAUUGUGCAUCGAAGUAGAAUCAGUGAAAAAAGAGGUAGACUCUACAAAGAAGAAAUGUGAAACUAUAUUAUCAACCCAAAGGGAGUUGAUACAGUUAAUUAAGGAGGAAGCAACUAAUAGUGCUGCAAGCUCAAAUAAACAAAACAAUCUUUAUUCGUUAUUAGAAGGCAUUGAUAUCAGAAAUAAAUCAGAGCAACCCUUAGGUGGCUCGGAGAGUGGAAAUAAUUCAUUCCAAGGAAAUACUAUACUUCCAUCCCUAGGUUACCAAUUGUCGUUAACCUCCAGAGAUAAACAAAGCCAAGAUUCAGAAACGAAUUAUAGUGGCAGUGCUAUGUCGGUCGCCAAAACAUUAUCUAGUAUCAAAUGUCAAUCUAACAAACAAUUUCCGGUAUCAGAGAACCAACCUGUCCUUCUUCCAAAUUUGCUCCCGACAGGGAAAUACGCCACACCCCAAACAUCUGAACAGUUGAUGCCAUUCUCACUAUCACCCAAAACGUUUGAACUAAACACUCCAGAUACAAAUACAAUCCUAUUAAACUCAGAUUUUGAUUACAGACCAAUGGUAAGAAACGAUUCAAAUACUUUUAAUAAUACACGAACUAUGAGCAUGACGGACACUCCCAAAAUGAAAUCUGCAGACGAACAAUUUAUUAAAUUACCACCUCUAGGAAGACAUGCUAAGGCAUAUUCCCCAUAUUCACCCAGCAUCUUAUCAACAAGUCAUAAUGAAUCUAAUCUUAGAUAA